UUCUAAUCUAUCUCUAACAUUAAUUUAACACCAAUUGAAUCAUUAAAAUCCAAAUAACUGUGUUAAUGUUCAGCAUUGAAAUGACCCAUGAAUAGAACCUGUCAAGUUAGAGACGCUAGAUGAACAGAAGCUAGCUACACUUGGUUAUAAUUUUAUAGGACUAUUAACAUCUUUGUUAGAUUCUUUCUAACUGCUUGUGAGUACAAAAUAAAUAAAUAAAUAAAUAAAUAAAAAUUUAAACAGCGACAAAUUAAUCAACAUAAUUGCAAAUGUGCUAUUGUUAUCCAAAAGGUUAAUUUUUAACUGCUAGAUUAGCAUUUAAAACAACAAUAAAACAAACAUAAAAUCAGAGGAACAUUGGUAAAACAUUAAGCUGCUAAACAGGAUUAAAAUCUUAAAGGAGUGAAGCAACACAGGCAAAGUAGGACGCUUACAAAGCAAACAGUUAAAACAUAUGUUAUAUUACAUAAGCCAGGGGAAACACAAUCUGACAAACACGGAUAAAACCAAGUUUCAAAAUUUAAUUAAUUUUUAUUUAUAUAGUGCCAAAUCAUAACAGAAGUUAUCUCAUGAUACUUUCCAAAUAGAGCUGAUCCAGACAGUGACAAGGAAAAACUUCCUUUAACAGGCAGAAAUCAUGAGCAGGACCAAGCUCAUUAGUGGGUGGCUAUGCAAAGGAGCAACACGAACACUAUAUUGCAUGUAUUUAAUGAAAGAUAUUCUAAAACUGGAAAGCUCUCACUGUGAAGAUUUAUCUGGUCAAAAGGUAUUUUAGAUAUCUUAACCAGGACAUUAUUAAGUUCAGAUCUCUUCAUGUCGUACUACUGAGGAAUGCUGGCCAUCUGGGACAGACAAGGUAUCAGUAAUGAAUGAUUUACGAGGCAAGUGGUCAAAGAGUCAAUAUAUUUCAGGCCCUCAUUGGCCCGGAUUGUUAGUGAGUUCCUCAUGGCCAUAAAGGGUAACAUUCAAAUUCUUGUCUAAGCCCAUAUAUACCCCCACAGAUUUUACUUUUUAGUCUGUGACUCCCUCCCUGUCUUGUCAGUCUCUGCCGUCCUCAUCAUCGUCACUUUGUGGUCUGAAACUAAAAAGAAGCCAAGAUGUCUGAGGGAAAGAAGAUGACAUCGAGCCGCAGGCAUCACCUCAAGAGUUUGAUCCUCCAGAUCGCUGCUAACUGGCUUGAGAAGGAAACUUCUGAAAUCGCAGCUUCCAAAGAAGCUUACAUGGCUGAAAAUUGCCCCACCCCUGACAUGAGUGGAGACCAGGCUGCUCUGAUGGAAAUCUGCAAAAAACUGCACCAGGCCAGCGACAAGAUCGAUGAAGACAGAUACGACUUAGAGGCCAAAGUUGUAAAGGCAGACAAAGAGAUUGAAGAGCUGAAGCUGAAGGUGGUCGAGCUGGCUGGAGUGAAGAAACCCGCCCUGAAGAAAGUACGUAUGUCUGCUGACAGCAUGCUGCAGGCUCUGCUGGGAGGAAAACACAAGGUGACCAUGGACCUGAGAGCCAACCUGAAGCAGGUCAAGAAGGAAGUCAAAGAGGAGGCCGGCGAUGGGGUCGGCGACUGGCGUAAGAACAUUGAGGACAAAGCUGACAGGAAGAAGAUGUUCGAGACUUCCUAAAGACUUUCACUUCACCUGUUACAUCUGACCGUUUUUGUUGAAUUGGAAAAACUCGUGCCAUUAAAUAUUUUUUUUUUCAAUAAGGCAA